AUGUCCGUGUUCCACGAUGAAGUCGAAAUUGAGGAUUUCGAAUUUGACGAGGAAAAGGACGUCUAUCACUACCCGUGCCCGUGUGGAGACCGAUUUGAGAUUGCAAGGUGAGCAUUUUGAUUAAAAAGUUAUUGUUAAAAUUGGAGAGACUUUUGUGCAGCAAAAAAAUUAAUGUACGAAACAUUCAAAACAAUUUUUUAUUCAUCAAAAAUUGGUAAACAUCUCAAAAGUUUGCAGAGAAAUGCUGGAAAUGGGCGAAGACGUCGCACAGUGUCCCAGCUGCUCCCUUCUGAUCCGAGUCAUCUACGAUCCCGAAGAUUUCGUGAAGCUCGAGACCAUUACCACGUCGAAGCCAAUCGCGGAGCCCGUUUAA